AUGAAAUUCUAUGGAGUUUGCGAGCGUAUUUGGAUUUUUUCAUGGUCGAACAGUACUGCACUAUGGUAUCGUCUUCAUCCUCCAAAGCUAAGAAGUAGUCGCUUUAUCAUUGUCAAAGAACAAGUACAAAAAUUAACAAGAACAAGGAUAACUAUGUUAAUAAUACUUGCUAGUGCAAGGGCAAGGGCAACCACGACCUCAUCAAUUGAUUAUGAGGUAGAACUGCUUUACCUUUCCCCUUGCGGUUUUUAUGGUGUUGAUUCAUACAUGAUAGGAUUCUGGUUGUAUAUUUUUUUCUCUUGUACAAUAUCUUGUGGUCGUUGAUACGACAUGACGUGGAACGAGGUCUGACUUCGUUCUACUUCUUCGGGAUGCUAAUGUAGUUAAUGUUGUUUAUUUCAUAUUAUUUCUUGUUUUUGCGCAAAUAACAGGAUUAGACACUAGUUGUGGUAGGAAAAGAAAGUGGGGCGCGGUGUCGCUGAUUGACAUUGACGAGAUGAAGAUACUAUUUCAACAUCUACCCCAUAAUUUCUGCCAGCGAAGUGAUUGCGCUGUAGGCCUGUCCAUCAGGGUCAUUUCAUCGAGCUCGAGCCGGUGGCCAUCAAAAAACGAAAUAUAUCUUAAUUCCCCUCUUCGAGAAAAAAACCCUAUUCAGGGAGCCUCCUACUUGCUGCUUCUACGACAUGAUCGAUGACCUCCUGAUGUGAAAACUACUCGUGCAGCACCAGAUGUUUGUGCAGCCACCAAGAUGGCGUACUACAUGAGAAUCGAUGGGGUUCUUGCACUGCAACCAGGCUCGCCCUGUUGUACCCGGUACAACUGCAGCAGGAGACGCGCGAGGAACGCGCAUGACACAGGAACUGGAGCCAGGGGCAUGCCCGAGGAGGUUGUAGCUCGUCGUAGUUCUCCGCUAGUGUGUU